AGCGGAAGCAGUAACGGGGUUCACUCUCGUCAGCGGUCAGACAUUUCACUCGGCUUCACGUCAUCCAUGUCGGGCAUGACCAUCUCGCCAAAUAUGUCGGAUACGAGUGAACCGUCUGUCAUGACCAGUUCGGGUCUCACCGUCCCUCCCCUCACGCCAAUCACACCCGGACAUGGUCCUUCGAGCACUGGAGUGUUUCCCACGCAGACGGACUUUGACAUGCAUAUCGACAACACUGGCGGAAGGAUGCAAUACGCUACCAUGCCGAACAAACACUACGCACCACAUGGGCAUGCCGGUCAUGCACAAUAUCUCGCAUAUCCACCGACGGACUUCGGUCCAGGUUAUGUACAGGAACACUCGUGGAACUAGACGUUUGGUCCUGAACCGGUCCGAUUCGACCAAAUCUCACACCAAUCUCAAGGACCUGUCAUAUUCAUACUUGUUCAUCUCACUCGAUUACCUCAUACCAUAUCUAGUCCGAACGUCUCAUCUUUCUCACUUGUCAUUCCCACUACUUAGGCAUAUUCCCAUUUCUUUCCCAUUCCUGUUUAUUCUCACGGCAACUGCACGAGUUUGAAGGCAUAACGUAGCAUGAGCACACAAGGACUCUCCACGUCCCUUUUUCUUCUGUUUUUCUCUUCAUGUCGUCUUUGGUUUUUCUGAUAGGGUUUACGAGACGGGAUGGAAUGUUUUCAUGAUUUGAUGCAAUGUCAGGAUGCGCAUGAAUACCAUGAAACGUUU